AAUUAGCCGAAGGGCUCGGGAAACGAGGGGGCUAGUGAAGCCUUACAGAGCUCCCCGUGCUCCCGAGCAGGGUUUUUGUCCCUUUUAUUAAAGGAGGGUGCUGCAUCCAGGGCCACCUCCAGGUGCUAGCGGGGUGCCCGGCAGCCAGGGGGGUCCCACGGCCUCCCUGCAGAGCUGCUGGGGCACCCCCCCCUGCUCCUGCAAAGCAGCUGGUGCAAGCAGGGAAAAAUGAAUUAGUUAAUUAAUUAAUUAACACUCUGCUGUGACUUCUGAAGCUCCUUCAGGCAGGUUUGUGGGGUGGAAAAUGAAGGUGCAUGGGGGGCUCCUUGCUGUCCCCAAAGGGGCUUGCUGCAGGGGAUGCCUGGGGGCUGUCUCCCUGCCUGUUCCCCUAGGACUUCGUUUCCCCAGGAAAAGCUUCCUUUUGCUUUCUCACUCGGAGCCUCAAGAGGGCCCCCAGCACUCACUGAGAUGUGUGAGGUAAGGCCGCAGCCACCCUUUUGGUGCAGAACUGGGCUUGCUGGGGGCUCCCCCAGUGCUGCUGCUGCUGGUGGGAGCGAAGCUGCUGGUGUGGGGGGCCUGAGCCAGGCAGGAGGGGAGCUGGCAGGGCUGAGCUGACCCUUCCUGGACCAAAAGCAACGUGGGAAGGGCUUUCUGACCCACAUACCCAAGCACAGCCUGGAAAAGCCACCACACCAGACCCGCCUGAGGCAGAGCAACCCUCUUACACCCUGCAGAGCUGCCUCUGCCUUGGACCUGGAGGCGUAAGAUCCCCAGGCUGGGACACAGCUCACCAGGGCUGCAGAUAACGCAUUUCUCUUGGCAGAGCCUCAGCAGGGGAUUGCACUGCCUAUUGCACUGCCUGCUGCGGCUCAGCCUCACAGCGUGAGCUGAUAGGAGCAACUGUGCGGGUGUUGGGGAGAGAGAAGCUGCAAAGCAGAAUUCCUGAUGCUGUGACCCUGUGAAACGUGGUGGACUGAGAGGCUGAGCGCUGGUGUCCCUCGAGCUGAGGCUCUCGUCACAGCAGUGGGCUGCUGGGCUCUGAUACAGACCUUUGUGUUAGACCGUGCCCGGUGGGCUGUGGGAGCGCGGGACGUGGGUGGGAUUUCCAUUAGGGUGGGAUUUCCAGCAGUUCAGGCUUCCCAAAUCCCUGCAGGGAGGUGGCAGUGCUGGAUGCUUCCCACCGAGGGCCUUCUGGAAGGUGCUGGGCACUGCCACAGCUGCCGGCAUGGGGCCACUUGUCCCUGUGCAGCUGUCUCGUGCGUCCCUAAAUAGAAAGGGAGACGGGUCUGAGCGCUGGGACAGGGGUCAGCCGUCCCAGCCGUGGGCUUUUUUUGGCACAAAGCCCUCCCAUUCCUGCUCCCCCUGCCCCGUGCAGCUCUGUGGGUCGAGGAAAGCUGAGAUCCAUCCCAGCAGGUGGGAGAGCAUCCCCUCUCGCUGCGGGGAGCCGUGUCCCCGUGCACGGUGUGUCCCCCCCGAGCUGGGCUGGCUGCUGGCGCCCUGGCCCGCAGCCCUCCUUGGGUGCUAUAUAGCAUGGGAAGGGGACAGGCUGUGGUGACAGGUGACACUGACACGCACCAGGAGCUGCCAGGUCCUGCCCAAACUUGGAGUGGAAGGCGAGCUCUUUCCUGAGCCGUACGGACCCUACGCAGUGCCAGUGGACUUCUCGAGCUGCUUUUUGUUACUUUUUUUUCAUUUAUUAAUUGGCCCUUAAGGAUCUACAACCGUGGGAAAAGCUUCUGAGAAGCCACAGCUUUGAGGAGCAGUUUGAUUUUCCAAACACUUCAGCCUGAUGGAGGAUCCCAUCCAGCUGAAAGAGGAAGGCAAUAAAUACUUCCAGGCCAGCGACUACGAGAAAGCCGCUCAGAGCUACACGCAGGCCAUCAAGCUCUGCAAGGACAAGGCGCUGCAGGCAGUGCUGUACCGCAACAGGGCGGCCUGCUUCUUGAAGAAGGAGGAAUAUGCCAAGGCAGCCUCGGAUGCAUCGAGAGCUAUCGACAUCAAUUCUUCGGAUAUCAAAGCCUUGUACCGGCGCAGCCAAGCUCUGGAAAAAUUGGGGAAAUUGGACCAAGCAUUCAAAGAUGCUCAGAAAUGUGCUACCAUCGAGCCUCGCAACAAAAACUUCCAGGAGACCCUGAGGCGGCUGGGGGCCGACAUCCAGGAGAAGCUGCGCAUUCAGUUCUCCACGGACCUGAGGGUGCAGAAGAUGUUUGAAAUCCUGCUGGAUGAGAACAGCGAGAAGGAGAAGCGAGAGAAGGCUGCGAACAACCUCAUAGUCCUGGGGCGGGAGGAAGCGGGCGCCGAGAGGAUUUUCCAGAACAACGGGGUCAGCUUGCUGCUGCAGCUGAUAGAAACCAAAAAUGCUGAGCUGAUCCUGGCAGCCGUGAGGACGCUUUCGGGCAUGUGCACGGGACAUAAGGCUCGGGCCACUGCAAUUCUGCACUACCUGGGCAUCGACAGCAUCUGUAUGUGGAUGUCGGUGGACAACGAGGAGAUCUCCCUGGCUGUCUGCAACCUCCUGCAGACCAUCGCUGACUGCUUGCUGGGCCAGGGCAAAGAGGAGCAGCACGGGAAGGAGGAGGCUGUGGUGCUAGAUACUAAAAAAGACUUGAGGAUGAUCAUAACACGUUUGCUGGAUAUGUUGGUCAGUAAGAAAGUGUCUGGGCAAGGACGAGACCGAGCUCUCAACCUCCUCAACAAGAACAUACCGAGGAAAGACCUGAAAGACCACGACAACAGCAGGACCAUCUUUGUCAUUGACAAUGGCUUAAAAAAGAUACUGAAAGUGGUGGGCCAGAUUCCUGAGAUGCCUGACUGCCUGCCGCUGACAGAGAACACCCAGCUGACUGCGUCCAUCCUCCUAAAUAAGCUGUACGAUGACCUGCGCUGCGACCCGGAGCGUGACAACUACCGGGUGAUCUGUGAGGAGUACAUCAAGAGCAAAAUCGACCCCCAGAACAUGGAUAAGACGCUCCACGCCAUCCAGAUGGUGUCUGGGGUUCUUCAAGGGCCCUUCGACUUAGGCAACAAGCUGCUGGGCAUGAAGGGAGUCAUGGAGAUGAUGGUUGCCCUGUGUGGGUCCGAGAGGGAGAUUGACCAGCUGGUGGCUGUGGAAGCCCUCAUCCACGCCUCCACCAAGCUGAGCCGGGCCACUUUCAUCAUCUCUAACGGAGUGACGCUCCUGAAGGAGAUCUACAAGAAGACCAAGAAUGAGAAGAUCAAAAUCCGAGCCCUGGUGGGUCUCUGCAAGCUGGGCUCAGCAGGAGGGACAGAUUACGGACUGCGGCAAUUUGCCGAGGGGUCCACUGAGAAGCUAGCCAGGCAGUGCCGAAAGUGGUUGUGCAACACCAGCAUUGAUGCCCGCACCAGGAAGUGGGCUGUGGAAGGACUGGCGUACCUGACCCUUGAUGCAGAUGUGAAAGAUGACUUUGUGGAAGACGAGCAAGCCCUGCAAGCUAUGUUUGAAUUAGCCAAGAUGAGUGACAAGACCAUCCUGUAUUCUGUGGCUUCUGCGCUGGUGAACUGCACCAACAGCUACGACACCAAGGAGCUGGUCCCGGAGCUGGUGCAACUGGCAAAAUUCUCCAAGCAGCACGUGCCUGAGGAGCAUCCAAAGGACAAGAAAGAUUUUGUUGUGAAGAGAGUGAAGCGGUUGCUGAAAGCCGGCGUCGUCUCUGCCUUGGCCUGCAUGGUGAAGGCAGACAGUGCCAUUCUGACGGACCAGAGCAAGGAGCUCAUAGCCAGAGUGUUUCUUGCAUUGUGUGAGGACCCCAAGGACCGUGGGACCAUCAUUGCUCAAGGUGGUGGAAAGGCCCUGAUACCUCUGGCUGUGGAAGGUACAGAUGUUGGCAAGAUAAAGGCUUCUCAUGCUCUGGCAAAAAUUGCUGCUAUUUCCAAUCCAGAUAUAGCAUUCCCAGGAGAGAGGGUGUAUGAAGUGGUGAGGCCCCUUGUCAGCCUGCUGAACACUGAGAGAGACGGCCUCCAGAAUUAUGAGGCUCUGUUGGGUCUCACUAACUUCUCAGGAAGAAGUGACAAACUUAGGAUGAAGAUAGUCAAGGAGAAGGCAUUGCCAGACAUUGAAAACUACAUGUUUGAGAACCAUGACCAACUUCGACAGGCAGCCACAGAGUGCAUGUGCAACCUGGUGGUCAACAAGGAGGUUCAAGAGCGGUUUGUGGCUGAUGGAAAUGACCGGCUGAAGUUGGUGGUGUUACUGUGUGGUGAGGAUGAUGAGAAAGUGCAGAGGGCAGCAGCAGGAGCCCUGGCCAUGCUUACAGCGGCACAAAAGAAACUCUGCUCUAAGAUGACUGAAGUGACCACCCAGUGGCUUGAAAUCCUGCAGAGGCUCUGCUUGCAUGAUAACAUGGAAGUGCAGCACCGUGGACUGGUCAUCACUUUCAAUUUAAUCAGCACCGACAAAGAGCUAGCAAAGAAGGUGGUGGAGACAGAGCUCCUAGAGAUCCUGACCUUCAUCGGCAAGCAAGAAGAUGACCCCAAGAAGCAGCACAUCAUUAAUGUAGCACGCGAUUGCCUCACAAAAUGCAUGGAUUAUGGACUGAUCAAACCUCUCUCUCGAGCAUGAGGAAAUUAAAAGUACCAAAAAAGGCUGAGUGGGGAGAGAAAAAAGUUACUGAGAAACGUGGAGAACAGAGCCGUGAAGGAAACUUAUUCCCAUUGUCAAGGCAUGGAAUAGAGCUGGGGGACAGUUUUAGAAGGUCAGAAACUGUAUUAGGAAAAGGGUGGCAUUUGCAUCAGAAAUCUGGAAAAUGUUCAUCUGAGUAGUUUCUAGAUGGUGUAAAUUCUUUCUUUGCCCCCAUUCAGCUGAUAAUACUUAAAGUUUCAAGGCCUAGCUAUGGAAAGAGUUGGUUGUUUGGGAAAUGUUCCGGGGCUGUUGAAGAAAACUCAGCUGAAAUUGGUUCUGCAACCAUCCACAGCUCCUGGUACUUCAGUAAUUCCUACCAAUGAUGGAACCAGGAGGAGGUUUAAUUGCAUCCCAUCCUGCAUUCAGAAAAGAAGUUGGCUGUUAGUUGUGUGCUUUUUUUUGUUGUUGUUCAUUUAUGGUAUUUUUAAAUGUCUUUAAGUGGUGUGCCAGAGUUUGAGGCUGGUGGAUGAACUUUUAAUAAAUGUAUUACUUUGUU